AUGGUCGUCGGUCGGAACCAACACUCCGGCGACAACAACGGUGGUGGCGACUUCGGCAGUGGCCCUAGCGGCGGCUCCGGCAGCGGCUCCGGCGACGACUCCGGCGGCGGCACCGGCGGCUCCGGUGGCAGCAGCGACGGUGGCGGCAGAGACGGAGGCAAUAAUAAAUUUGAAAAUGCCAUGCUUGAUUUGGGAGCUCCGAUUAAUGUCAUGCCUCUUUCUAUCUUUAUUUCUCUAUCUUUUGGACCUUUGCAACCUACGGGUGUGGUCAUUCAAUUUGUAUAUAGGGGUGUUGCCUACCUUGUAGGUUUCACUAAGGAUGUCUUGGUUCAGGUAACCCCUCCUGGGUCCAAGCUGACACGUAUUAACCGGGAAGAGGCCAACUGA